UGCGGAUAAGGGGUGGGGAUUUAAUUCGUUGGUCUGUUUACAAAAUGAACGGCGGACUACAAUUCCCAGCAGCCACUGCUUAAGGUUAUUUGCUUAGGCCCACGUCCUCCUGCCUCUUGCCCCCAGUAGCUGUUCCGGGCUCCAGAUUCCCGCAGUAGCUGAGGCGAUUUUUUACUUAAAAGAGAAACGGCGGUGGUCAUCUUAACAAGUACUUCUCCGUCCCCCUUUCCCCGCCCCGGUAGCCUGAACGAGUGACUACAAGGGGCGCAGACUCACACGGGGUUGGGGUGGGCGGGUAACACAGGUAAGAGAGGCAGGCGGCGAAUAAGUGAUUGAAAUAGAGGUUAAAGGGGUUCCGGGUUUCUGUUGGGCCAAAGUGCUUUUCUGACUCAUUAUUUCUCACUCCAGACCAAACUUUUAACAGGAAUAUUUCAUGGCUGCCAUUUGCUGGCAUUUAUAACCUCGUUUCACUCACCUAUUGAGACAGCCACCCAGCCCCUAUUGUGACGUAAAAAUUAUCCACUGCUCUCUGCUGCUUUUGAUGUAAACCUGUAUCUACUUUUCCGAAGUCUACCUGUAGCUUAAGUGUAAAGGUGGUGGGUAAUUGGAAAACUGGCUUUAAUUUCCUGUAAUCUCCAAGAUUCCUUCUAGCUCUGAAAUUUUUCCGAUUCUGUCAUUCUUUCAGCUUUGUUUAAAAGUUUCAUUCCCAUCAGGGUAAAAACAACAACCCCCACACAGGUUUUUAGCCAAUAAAUUAAUCCACGGUUCAGAUGGUCUCUCUGUUGAGAAACCUUGUGCCAUUUUUCAAGCGGCAAUGUGAUAUUGUCUAGGGUCCUGGAUAGAGAAUGAGUACUGGGUUCAGAUCUCAGUUUAGCUAUUUAAUAACUGACCAACUUGCUUUUUUUUUUUUUUUUUAAACUUCUCGUUUGUGCAUCAUUCUACACACCUCUUUCACUGGCCUUGAUCUUACAAAUAACCCUCAAAAUCAGGAAUAGAAAAAGCUUCACACUUAAAAUUUGUGUCAUUGGAAAGGAAAAUGUGUCAAGGGAAAGGAAAAAUAUCAGAGCUAAAAGGAUUCUUAGAAAACAUGAUUUGUUCAGGUUCACAAUGCUAGAAGUACUCAACCUAAGGAGUACGUACUACAUUAGAUUGUGACUUUGGAUAGUCCCCUCUAGGCCUCAUUGUUCUUCUGUGUAACGAGAGCUAUAGGAUGCAAAUAAUAUUUUUAUCUUCUCCCCUUCCCUCAGAAGGGGGAAUUAUCUCCCCACCUUCCAGUCCUAGGGAUCCCAAUGGCUGCUUCCUUGGGUUCCCAGAGGCAGAAACGAAGGGAACUGGAUGCCCGUCGAAGUAAAUGCAGAAUCAGGCUAGGUGGCCACAUGGAACAAUGGUGUCUUCUCAAGAAGCAGCUUGGUUUCUCCCUGCACUCUCAGCUUGCCAAGUUCCUGCUUGAUAGGUACAAUUCUCCAGGCUGUGUGCUCUGUGCAGGCCCUGAGCCAUCUCCCCCAGAGGGUCUCCAGUAUCUGGUAUUCUUGUCCCAUGCCCAUAGCCGUGAAUGCAGCCUGGUACCAGGGCUUCGGGGACCAGGAAGCACAGAUGGGGGGCUUAUAUGGGAGUGUUCAGCUGGUCAUACCUUUUCCUGGGAUCCUUCCUCUGGUCCUGCACCCCCAGGAUCCAAUCCUAAUAUCCAAAGCUCGGUCCUAAGGAACUUGUGGACUAAGUCAGGGAGCUGGCAAGAGCAUGAAGGUGAACUGAGAAAAGGGAAAGCCCAGGUAAAUGAGCACUAUGAUGGGACCCAAGAAUCUGGGAUGCCCAGGGAGGUGGCACUCCUUCCUGAGACUUCUCUGCCCAAUGGAGAAGAUGAAGAUGAAGCUGAGGAAGAAGUGGAUGAUGAAGAUGAUAACCUCAGUGAUGUCAGCCCUUGGACCUACAGCCCCUCUCCAGAUUGUAAUGAACUAGGUACCUCUAGUCCUCUUCCACCUUACCUUCCUCCACUCAAAGAAGAAGAAGAAACAACACCUCCACUCCCAAGCUCUCCUGCUGCUGAUUCAUCAGAAACUGGAACACCCCAUCCUGAAGAAGAUAGAGUACAGCCUGAGCUAGACAAAAUAUCCCAGAGGGGCCAAGGGAGCAAGACCCGAUCCAGCAGAAGGCAACAACAAGGACCUUCUCCCAUGCCUCUGGAUGAGGACAUAGCACAGAUCAGUCUCAAGAGGAUCAGAAAGACUGCUAAAAGAGAGCUCCUUCCUUGUGAUUUUCCUGGCUGUGGGAAGAUCUUCUCCAACCGGCAAUACCUGAAUCAUCAUAAAAAAUAUCAGCAUAUCCACCAGAAAUCCUUCUCCUGUCCAGAACCAAGCUGUGGAAAGUCCUUCAAUUUUAAGAAGCAUCUGAAGGAACAUGUGAAACUGCAUAGUGACACUAGAGACUACAUUUGUGAAUUCUGUGCCCGCUCCUUUAGAACCAGCAGCAACCUCAUCAUCCAUCGUCGUAUCCAUACUGGGGAAAAACCAUUACAGUGUGAAAUUUGUGGCUUUACUUGCCGCCAGAAAGCCUCUCUGAAUUGGCAUCGACGCAAGCAUGAGGAAGCAGCAGCAGCUUUCCAAUAUCCCUGUGAGUUCUGUGGCAAAAAAUUUGAGAAGCCCGACAAUGUCAUUGCCCACUGCAGCAAGAGCCAUCCUACCCCUCGCCCUGGCUCAAGCCCCACCAAGUCAGAAUCCCAUCUUUUACUCACUAUUUCUAGUUCUACUUCUCCUAUUUUGGAAUCUAGCCUUUCAUGUGAGUCUCAGAAGUCACCUACCUUGGAUUCUAGCUCUUCCUCACAGAUCCAGAGGAAUCAGAAAAGGUGUAAGGAGGCAAAGUAGAAAAUAGCAUGGGGAAAGGCAGUAAGUCUUACAAGUGACAGUCCCACCUUUAAAAGGAGCCAGAGAACUGGAUUGUCUUGCUUCCUACUGCUGAGAAUGCAAUAAAGUGAUUAUUUUACAUAUA